UCAGGUUUGGGGUUAUGUUUGGAGCUCUUUCAUUUCUUGUCUUCUUGAAGUGUUUCUGUAGUUACGAUUUUCCUUUGAGUUUUAGGAUUUUGUCAAAUUCAAGAUGAAAGCCAAAGGAGAUUUGAAAGAAUAUGAGGUUAUCGGACGCAAAUUGCCUACCGAGAAGGAAAAGACUACACCUUUAUAUAAGAUGAGGAUUUUCGCUCCAGAUCGCAUUGUUGCCAAAUCUAGGUUUUGGUAUUUCUUAAGACAACUUAAGAAGUUUAAAAAAAGCACAGGAGAAAUUGUAUCUUUGAAACAAGUUACUGAUAAAUCGCCAACCAAAAUUAAGAACUUCGGAGUGUGGUUACGUUAUGAUUCAAGAUCAGGUACACACAACAUGUACCGUGAAUACAGAGACACCACUGUUGCUAGUGCUGUCACUAAAUGUUACAGAGAUAUGGGUGCUAGACAUAGAGCCAGGGCUCAUGCUAUCCAGAUCAUUGAAGUAGAAGAUAUUGUUAAAUAUUGGGAAAAAGCAUUUCUAGAAGAAACUUUCUCAUUCACUGAUAAUAAAGGACCUAGUAAUGAUCAAUUGUUUGGUACUGCAUUUCACAAAUUAGCUCAUUCGGGACCUUCUUUAGAUGCUAUUCUUCAUAUUGAAUAUGGUUAUGCUCAAGCAGUCCAAGAUAUCAUGAGUAGAAAAUGUAGACAAGUAACAUCUUUAACAAAAACUCAAACUGAAGAAAUGAAUUAUGCUAUGGAUGGGUUAAAUAAAUACACUACUGAAGAUGAUAUUAAUGCUUUAGCACUAAAGCACUUUGAUGACCAAACAUUACUUCAAGGUAAAUGGAAUAGCAGACUUGAUACUUUGAAGCAGGAACAGCGUACUGGGUAUAGAGAAUGGGUUAUGAAAACAGUAGAAGAAAUGCAAGGCAUUGAUGGAUUGUAUUCCCCUGUUGGGAAUUCUCCUAUUAGUAUUGUUACAAAUGGGUUUACUAUUUCAAAUAUGUCUUUAUAUGAUAUGGAAGAAAGCUUCACUAUACAUCUUGGGUCACAAAUGAAAUCUACCCAUAACAUUCGCAUUAUGUCAGCAGAUACUUUAAACCUUUUAAAUCUUACAUUGGAAGAAAAUGGAACAGUUGUACAUCAUCCUCAAAGGUUACAAACAGUAUUAGAAUUAUAUUCUCAAGAUCUUAAAGGUCUUGUUUUAUUUAUUGAUACAAAUAAUUUAGAUUUCUAUUCUGGUCUAGCAAAAGAGUUUUUUGAUAUUUGCGAAAGCAGUACAGAAUUUCACUUUGAUUCUUUACAAGAUCAAUUAGAAAUUAUCAAAUCUGAUCUUAAAAUUGCUGUUGAAAAUCGAAAGUGCAAGGGACCCGUUAGUAAUUUUUUAUCCCCGGAAUUGCAAGCUCGACGAAAUAAAUCAAAACUUUUACAAUGUGGCGAUGUUUACAUUACAAAACAUUCAAAUCUCGCUUCGGUUCAUCUUGUAUUUCAUAUGGUUAUUGAUGAUUCAUUAAAAUCAGGUGAUAUCAACUCAAGACAUCCAGUAAUUUUAGGAUUAAGGAAUAUAUUAAAAACAGCUUGUUCAUAUGAUAUUACUAUGAUUACAAUUCCAUUAUUUUUGACUCAUGAAAUGACAGAGGAUAUGACUGUUCCUUGGUGUCAGAAACGAGCAGAACUAGUUUUAAAGUGUGUAAAAGGAUUUAUGAUAGAAUCUGUAUCAUUAGGUGGAUCAGAGCUAAAAACUAUCCAGUUCCUAGUUCCAAAAGGAAUAUCUGAAGAAGUGUUUGGAAUACUAGCAACAAUGGUUCCGACUAUAUUCAGAGUGUCUACUCCACUUGUGUUUGAAUCAUCGAGGCCAGAAAUUGAGUCACAAACUAAGAACAAAAAGACUUCAAAAAGUAAACUUAACUCUAAAUCCAAGUAAUUUAUACUCUUAUAU